AUGAGCUCCCACAUGGGAGAGAAACCGCUCAACUGCUUUGAGUGUGAGAAAAGAUUUGGCUACAAUAAUCUUCUAAAGAUCCACAUGAAGACUCACUUGGCGGAGAAACCGUUCCGCUGCUCCGAGUCUGAGUGCAGAAAAAAAUUCAGCAGCAGGGGAAGUCUGCAGCAACACAUGAAGACGCACGCAGGAGAGAAACCGUUCAGCUGUUCAGUUUGUGAUGAUGAAGAGAAACCUCAGUCUGGGGGACACCACUGUGGAGGACCAGGACCAGACAGGAACUCAGGUCCAGAUAUUGAUGACAGGACCGGAGAGUUCUCAGUUGCUGAAAUCGAAGUCAGCUGUGACGACUGGGACGAGACCAGAGAACCUCCGUCAGGUUUAAACUCUCAGGUCGAUGAUGAACUUCCUGUCAACGACACAGGAUGUGAUUCACCUGAGAAACCGUUCAACUGCUCCGAGUGUGGGAAGAAGUUUACAAAGAACGGAUUCCUGGAGACUCACAUGAGGACACACAGUGGGGAGAAACCAUUCAGCUGCUCUGUGUGUGGGAAGAAAUACACUAAGAGGAGAUACCUGGUCCAACACAUGGGCAUCCACAGAGGGGCGGAGCCUCAUCAGUGUGUCUCAGCCGCCGGGGGUGUCUCCGAGUGCGAUAAAAAACUCUGCUACAGUCACCACCUGAGGAAAGACGGCGGGGCUCACCCUGACGAUCAUCUGUUCAGCUGCUCCGUCUGUGGCAGGAAGUUCACUCAGAGAGGAUAUCUGAUCCAACACAUGGCGCGCCACACGGGGAAGAUCCGUUUCCGCUGCUGCGUCUGUGACAAGAGGUUCGCAUGGCGUCAUGAACUGAAGAGCCACAGGUGUACUGACGAGUCGUUGCAGAGUCAGAGCGAGCGUCCAGCAGGCGACUUGGCAGUUGAUGGAGGAUCAGACUCUGAUGACAAGACGUCAGACUCCUCCGAGACUGAGACUGAAACCAGAGAACCUCCGUCAGUCUCCAUCAGUGACAGGAAGUCAUUCAUCUGUCCUGAGUGUGGGAAAAUGUUCUGCGGUGAGGAGAACCUGCAGUCGCACAUGAAGACGCACUCAGGAGAGAAACCGUUCAGCUGCUCCUUCUGUGAGAAAGGGUUAACACAAACAGGAAGUCUGACUGACCACACCAGUGUCCACACGGAGGAGAAACGCUUUCUCUACUGCGUCUGCGGCAAAAGAUUUGCAUGGCGGUUUAACCUGAAGAACCACAGCUGUGCCAACGACUCUUCACGACCUGACCAGAGCACAGGGGCGGAGCCUCCGGCAACUUCAGACUCUGCUGACGUUCAGACUGAAGUCGCUCCCGACUUCACAGAGAGUUUAGACGAAGUCCACAACAGCGACCUCGCAGAGAGACCGUUCAGCUGCUCUCAGUGCACCAAGAGGUUCCGCCGUAAGAAGAACCUACAGGAACACCUGAGGAUCCACACCGGAGAGAAACCGUACGGCUGCUCAGUGUGUAUGAAAUAUUUCUCGUGCAGCGGAUCGCUGAGGAAACACCUGAGGAUCCACACUGGAGAGAAACCCUUCAGCUGCUCUGUGUGUGGGAACCACUUCACUGAGAGUGGACACCUGAAGGUCCACAUGAGGACACACACAGGGGAGAAACCGUUCAGCUGCUCUGUCUGCGGGAAAAGUUUCACUUGGAGGCAGAGCUUCAACAAUCACAUGAAGUUUCACAGAGACACGAAGUAG